AAUAUAUUCUUGUUCUUCUUGUUCUUCUGCGAACCGCGAAGCGGAUGCGACGCUGUCACGUUUUUCACGACAAACACAAGAUCGCUGGACUAGGGGCAACAUCUUCUCCUCCUCAUCGGAAUUCGGACGUUGAUGCCGUAAUCGGAAUCCAUGGCGGUUCCGAAGCUUGCGACCCUAACGAUAUGUAUAGCUUUGAUUAUCUUCUCGGCUUCAGCGGACGUGAUCGUCGACGGGGAAGGAGAGGACAUAAUUGAAGUUGGGAGAGAGGAUGGCUCUGAUUCCUCCCUGCUCAAGAUCGAAUUGGAAAAACUCAAUUCAAAGAUCCGAGAGCUUGAGGUCCUUAUCGAUGAAAAAACACUGGAAUUGGAGAAAAAGGACGAUCUAAUAUCUCAGAAGGAUAAAAUAUUCAGGGACAAGUCAAAUAAAAUUUCAUUUCUGCAAAGCGAGAUAGAAUCUCUCCAGAGGGAAGGGAAGUUACACGCUGAGGAAAAAAUUGGAAAGGCUCAGGCGCGUGCUGGUGAAUUAGAGAAGCAGGUCAGUGAACUUAAAAGGGAAUUAUAUGCUCAAAAUAGGGAGAAAAAUGCUCUGGAAGAGCGAUCAAGUGAAGCUGAGAAGGAAAUGCAUAAAUCUAUUACAAAACUGGAGAAACUUCAGACCACUAAUAAAGAACAGAAGAGCAAAAUUCAGAAACUCGAACGUGCACUUAAAGUGGCCGAGGAAGAAAUGAUAAAGGCGAAGUUUGAGGUCACUUCAAAGACUGAAGAGUUGAUGGAGGUCCAUGGUGCAUGGUUUCCACCAUGGCUUGCUUCAUUCUGGAACGAGCAUGUAGAACCUGCAAUGCAUCUGGUGAUGCAAAAGAUGUGGGCGGGGAAGGCACAUGUGGAGAAUUGCGUGGGACCGCACAUAGAACCAAUUAAAGCUAAAUGGAUCCCUGCCAUGCAUGAACGGUGGGUGGUGGUGAAAACAAAUUCUAAGCCACAUUUGCAGUCGCUGUGUAAAAGAAGUUCAGAAGCCUAUGAGGCUUCAAAGCAAGCAUUGACUUCACAUAUUAUAAAAGCACAAGAAUUUGCCUCUCCCUACUUUCAGAAAGUAAAAAUGGUCAGCGAACCAUAUGUUGAUCACGUUGCUACUGUGACCAAACCUCAUGUUGACAAAGUUCGAGUAGCAUUAAAUCCAUAUACAAAGGAGUUAGCGCAUGCUUGUGGAAAGUUUUUGGAAUCUGCGGCUACACAUCAUCGAAUGGUUAAAUCCACCAUUCAAGAAAUGCUCAACAGUCAUGACAUUACAAGACCAAUUGCUACUAAAGAGUUCGAGUGGUUUUUGGAUUCUGCAUUGUUGGCCUUGCCCAUGAUAAUAUUGUUCAAUCUUUGCCGUUGCUGUGGCAUUUCCCGUAAAAAAGCUAGGAGACCUGGCCGGAGUGCCAACCCCACCAACGCACGUCGUAGGGCCAAAAGAGGAACUUCUGUCAAGUAAAGUAACAUCAUUGCUGAUCCUCUGUUGGGGACAAGUUUUUACAGGUGGACGGCACAUCUUCUGCUUGCAAAAUUCUCUAGAAAUCUGGAACUGUAAGGACAUUUUUUUUUGGAAGCUCUGGCAGUUUCAUGACCUAGUCUUGGUUGUUAGAUGUCCUGGAUACUAAUACCCCGGAAGUUUAGAAGUUGAAGUUAUACUUCGUUUUCAAUGUUUUGAAUUUGUACCUUACUUUCUUCUUUGUAAAUUAUGAAAAAUAAACCAUUUUGAAUUUUCA